AUGGUUUCGAACCUUUAUAGCAUAAGUUUAAAAGAGUUCCAGUUCAGUUUACGUUCGGAUUACGCGCGGAUAAUAGCUCGGAAAAAUAGCGCUAGUAUUUGAAAAAAUAGAAUUUUUGAAUGGGAAUAUGUUCUAAUCGAUUAGUUUUCGAUUGUAACGUGUAGUUUGAUUUGACUCGUAUUCCCUUGUAAAAGAUAGUUGAACUGAAUUCCCCAAAUGGAUAGCAAACCUUCCAACAACGGCUCUACGGAGUUAGAAAGUUUCCUGCCACAGGACAAUUCGAACACAAACGGAGUUACAAAAUAUAAGAUUUCCACUAAUGGAGACUUGGAAAAAGCCGGCUAUGACGAUUUCGAUCCGUUUAAGGCCAGGCAACUCGCCCAUCCAGUAUCUAACACGGAUACUCUCACCCAUUUAUUAAAGGCCUCUCUUGGAACUGGUAUUUUAUCAAUGCCAGCCGCCUUCUACGCCUCUGGUUUAAUUAUGGGGAUAUUCAUGACAAUCGUCGUGUCUGUUAUAUGCACUCACUGCUCCUACGUAUUGGUCACAAGUGCUCAUGAAUUAUAUAAAAGAAGUAAAAGAACUCAAAUGAGUUUCGCCGAUGUAGCUCAAGAGGCUUGCCAAAGAGGACCCCCGUUUGCCAGAAAAUUUGCACCGUUUGCUAAGCAAUUGAUCGAAAUCGGAAUCUUCAUCACGUACUUCAUGACCUGCAGUUGCUACACCGUCAUCAUGGCGAGCAAUUUCAACUACGUCAUCGACUACUACAUGGGCUACAACAUCGAAAUUCGAAUCACCAUAGCGGUUCUGAUGCUGCCCCUGGUCCUCCUCGCCUACGUGCCCAAUUUGAAAUACUUGGCGCCCUUCUCGAUGGUAGCCAACGUAUUCAUGGCCGUCAGUUUGGGAAUCACUUUCUAUUACUUAGUGGAAGAGAUGCCCUCCGUUACCGAAAGGCCGGCAAUCGGACCAAUCAGCACUUUACCGGUGUUCUUCAGUAUAACCAUUUUCGCUAUCGAAGCCAUAGGAGUUAUCAUGCCGUUGGAAAACAACAUGGGAACCCCCCAGAAAUUCGUCGGCUUGUGCGGCGUUCUGAACAAAGGAAUGAGCGGCGUGACUCUAGUUUACAUCCUCAUAGGUUUCUUCGGGUACCUCAGGUACGGCGAACUCGUCGAAGGUUCCGUGACGUUGAAUCUUCCUAUCGAUGCCUAUCCCGCUCAAGCUGUGAACAUCCUGGUGGGUGGAGCAGUGUUCUGCACCUUCGGCCUGCAAUUCUACGUGUGCAUCGACAUCGCCUGGAACAAGAUCAAGGACAAGUACGCGAAGAACCAGAACACUGCUAAUUACACGAUGAGGACCAUUAUGACUUUGGUUUGUGUGUUCCUGGCCAUCGCAGUACCUACUAUAGUGCCUUUCGUGUCGUUGAUCGGGGCCUUUUGCUUCUCGAUUCUGGGCCUGAUGGCUCCCAUCGGAAUCGAAAUCCUCACGUUCUGGGAUAAGGGUUUCGGCAAAUACAACUGGAAAAUGCUGAAGAACGUCGUGGUGGUUGUUAUAGCCUUUUUAGCUUUAAUAUUCGGUUCUAAAGCGGCUAUUGAGGAUAUAGUAGCAAUGUAUUCCAGUGCGCCUGUUAACGCUACCUUGGUAAAUUCCACUACUCCUGCCAAUUUACUUAAUUCCACAACUCCUGCUAACUUACUAAAGAGUUUAAUCAAUGAAACAACCGUUGCGGAUUUGAUACAAUCGACUCUGUCGCCUUUAAACGAAACAAUAUCCAGCUAGGUUAAGUAAGGUUAUAGGUAGCUGAAUUUCUAUUAAUCUAUAGCUAAAUAAUUUUUUUGCUGGUUCAAAAUUUAACGGUGUAGCUUUUUUAGUACGAGCUGUAUUCUCGUUACGCAGGCGAGCAUGUGUGUAUAUCAGGGUGAGUUUGUUCAGAGAUUGCUGAAUGAAUUUAUUUGUUCGCCAAAAAAGUUACACAAGUAAUCGAUUCCUAAUUAUUAUUAAUGGAAGAGAUGUUGAUUGCGAAGCAAAGUGUUCUCGAAAAUAAAACAUACCUUUACGGUCUAUAAUGUAAAACGGAAACUUAAGAAUUUUUAUUGACAAUGUGCAGCAGUUAUCAUAGGGAUUAAAGGUAUGUUUUUUAUUUCGAACACUCUGUAUAUCUCACUUAAAUGGAAUGCAUUAAAAUAAUCACGUAUGCUUUUUAUACUAAUACUGCCACCUGAUAUUAGGGUAUUGACCAAUUUUUGGGAAAAGGGGUACAGUAGGAUCUUACAGUACUGUAGUAUAAAAGCCUUAACGAACACUGCAAAUACACUAUACAUUCCUUUUGUAAUCGAUUGACUGAUUUCAUUGAUUUUUUACUUGAUUAUUGCGGGUUUGUUUACGGUGAGAUUAUCGUAUUAGUAUCUCUUCGAGAUCUUUUCUUUGUUAAAUUAUAAAAUACCGAAAUGAUAGUUAAUAACAGGAAGGUGAUUAAAAAGCAGAUUGGUUAGAGUGUUAGUGCUCUUAUCGUUUGUAUCAAAUACUAGUUAGAUUUUAUGGAGAUUAUUGUUCUUCUCUAUUUGUUGGUAUUUAAUUUAUUUCAUAUAGUUUCUGUAGGGCAUUUUUGUAGUAAUUUAAGCGCUGGAAUUUGUAGGUUUCCUAGGUCACAGUAAAUUGUAUUUUAAUUAAUUCUAAAGUAAGUAAAUUGAGGUAAAUAAUUUUAUUGAAGUAAAGAAUUCUAUUUUUUUAUUGUUCAAUCAUUAUUUAAAUUUUUC